AUGCGUCAGUACUUAUUGAUGGUGAGUGGUUCUGAAAGGAAGAUUAGGGAGGAUAGAGUGAAGAGUUCUGUAGCAGCAGCUAAAAAAGAUCCCGUUACAAAAAAGAUUGCUCUUACCUUGGAGCCGAAUCCUAUUGUCUCCUCGGAUCUUAACAAAGGGAAAGGUUUAGUGUUUGGUUAUGUACCACAAGUUCCUACGAAUGCCAGGGAAGCUUCUGAAGGUCAAAGCCGGAAGCUGCUAGCGUCUGCUAUUAGAGCUGGAAAUAUUUUGUCUUUAUCUCAAGAAAAGUCAUCGAGUAUAACGGUCUCUAUUUAUGAUCGUGAAGAGGUAAAUUCUUCCUUAUUUCAAACUGGUACUAUGGUUUGUGGCUCUGGCUUCUUUGAACCAGGUCAUUCCGAUAUCCAGGUGUGGUUGGGAUAUGAUUAUGUUCAUACAGUGAACCCUGUUGGUAAAUCUGGAGGUUUAGCUUUGUUUUGGAAGAAAGGUUGCAAUGUGAAUAUUUUGCUCUCGGAUAAAAAUAUUUUGGAUAUGGAAGUGUUGAUAGAAGGUGUACAGUUGUUUGUUACUGGUGUAUAUGGGCAUCCUAAUAUAUCAGAAAGGAAGCAUGUUUGGGAAAGGAUUCUUAGGUUUGGUCCUGCAAGGAAGGAUUCUUGGAUAAUGUUAGGAGAUUUCAACGAAAUUCUUAACAAUGAGGAAAAAUUAGGAGGACCGAGAAGAAGCGACUCCACCUUUCAAGACUUUUCAGACAUGUUGAAGGGCUCUGGAAUGAAAGAAUUACCAAGUACUGGUAACAGUUUUACAUGGGGAGAUCAGAGGUUUGGUUGGUCGGUGGCGGAUAAAAUAAGGAGUUGCAGGAAAACGUUGAGUAAGUGGAAAAAGGAAAAUGUUCUCAAUUCCAAGGAUAGAAUUGUUAAGAUUCAAGAUGCUCUGGAAUUGGAAUUUACUCAGAUCAAACCCUCUUGUCAGAGGAUCUCAGUGCUUAAUUCUCAGAUGAUUCGAGCGUAUAAGGAUGAAGAGUCCUUUUGGCAACAAAAGAGUAAGAAUGAAUGGGCAUUACAUGGUGAUAAGAAUACGAAGAUAUUCCAUGCGUAUGUGAAAGCUAGAAGGGCAUCAAAUGGUUUAGAUCAGCUUCAAGACUCUGAAGGUUUUAUGCAUCGAGCUGAAGCUUCUAAGGGUCAAAUUGCAGCUGAUUAUUUCAGGAAGCAUUUUUCAUCCUCAUACUCUGAGUCUCAAAGAGUAUCGUUUCAGAAUUUUCCUUCUCGAGUGUCUGAUUCGUUGAAUAGCUUACUGACAUGUGAAAUAUCAAAAGAAGAGAUUAAGGAGGCAGUAUUCUCAAUAAAAAGCUCUAGUGCGCCAGGAGUGGAUGGGACGACAGGAUACUUCUUUCAGCAGUAUUGGGAUGUGAUAGGAAAUGAAGUAUCUGAGGAGAUAAGAAGGUUCUUCGUUACUGGUGAGUUUCCGUUGGAGUGGAACAUGACGCAGAUUUGCUUGAUUCCUAAAAUUCCCGGUGCAACCUUGAUGUAUGAUCGUAGACCGAUAAGUCUUUGUACUGUCAUGUACAAGAUUGUGGCCAACAUAUUAGCCUCAAGAAUCAAACCAUUUCUUCCUGACUUGGUUUCACAGAAUCAGUCAGCUUUUGUGUUAGACAGAAUGAGUUCAGAUAAUAUUAUCAUAGCUCAUGAAUCUCUUCAUGCUUUGAGGUCAGUUAACUCUAUUUCCAAGGAGUUCGUAGCCAUUAAGUCAAACAUGUCCAAGGCUUAUGAUAGAGUCGAAUGGGAUUAUCUGCAAGAUCUUCUGUUGGCUCUAGGUUUUCACCCAAGAUGGGUUGGUUGGAUCAUGUUUUAUGUUAGGUCAGCCUCCUAUACAAUUCUGAUCAAUGGUCAGCCUCAUGGUUUUGUUAAACUGUGUAGAGGGUUAAGACAAGGGGACCCUCUAUCGCCCUUUCUAUUUGUUCUGUGUUCAGAAGGACUUACGUUCUUGCUUAACCAAGCUUCUCACCAACAUCUGUUGACGGGUAUGAAGUUUUCUCCUCAAGGGCCUCAGAUUCAUCAUUUAUUAUUUGCGGAUGAUACACUCUUCCUGGUGAAAGCAUAUGUAGAUGAAUGUUCUGUGGUUUCAGAAAUUCUUAGUAUAUAUGAAAGGGCAACAUGUCAGAUGAUUAAUCUUGACAAAUUCUCUAUCAUUUUCGGAUCUAAAGUGAAUGAGGAGAAGAAAUAUCAGAUUAAAGAAGUGCUUGGAAUUUUUAAAGAAGGAGGGGAUGGAUCUUAUUUGGGUCUGCCAGAGGUGUUUAUGGGCUCCAAAGUUAAAAUGAUGAGCUUUUUAAAAGACAAUAUGAGAGACAGAUUAUCUGGUUAUUAUGCUCGGCUGACAUCACAAGGUGGGAAAAAGGUUUUACUUAAGUCGAUUGCUAUGGCCUUGCCAGUUUAUACAAUGACUUGUUUUAGGCUUCCGAAAAUGACUUGUGAUAACUUAGAGUCUACGAUGGCUGAUUUCUGGUGGAACGCUGAUGAACACAAGAGAAAGAUUCAUUGGGUGAGUUGGGAGAAUAUGUGUCUCCCAAAGAAGUUAGGAGGGAUUGGUUUUAAAGAUAUUCAGAUUUUUAAUCAGGCCCUCCUAGCCAUCCUAGCCAAACAAGCUUGGCGUAUUCUGCAGCAUCCUCAAUCUCUCUUUGCGGAAUAUGUGAAAAGCAGAUACUUCCCUGAUAUAAAUUUUCUAAAGGCGGAUCUAGGUAAAAGCUCAUCCUAUGCUUGGAGAAGUAUUUUAUAUGGCAGAGAGUUAUUGAUUCCCGGGUUAAGACGAAUGAUUGGGAAUGGGAGAAGUGUUAAUGUCUGGACUGGAAAAUGGUUGAAUGGUGGGCAAAAGAGCUCUCCUCUAAUGCGCCAUGGUCUUGUGGAUUUGGAUCUAACGGUGGCGGACUUAAUAGAUAAUGGAUCCAAAUGGUGGGAUAUUGACAAGAUCAGGGACCUUUUUUACCCAGAGGAUGUAGAGUUGAUCACCAAGAUAAACCCAAUUCCUGAUGAGGAUGACUAUUGGAUUUGGGAGCACAAUAGGAAUGGUGAUUAUUCGGUUAGAUCAGGAUAUUGGUUUGGAUGUGAGAUGAUAAAGAAGGAGCAGUUGGAAAAGGCUUUUAUGCUUCCAUCUCUCAAUGAUUUGAAGAAACGGGUGUGGAAGAUACUAGAGAGGUUGGAUCAGCAUGGGUCCUUAGAAAUGGGGAUGGAACAGUUCUACUUCACAGUAGGAAGUCCUCGUGUGGGCCAAGAAGAAGAUAUCAUUGGAAUGAUUAAAAGACCAAUUGCUUGGCCAUCUUUUAAGUUCCAUUCAUCUACUCUUUCUGAUAUGCUUACAAAGAUAUCUCAAUGGAGAAUGGUUGUGGAAGAAAAGCGUUGUAACAAAGGGACUUUUUUGAUAGCAAGAAGUGUCACUAUGGAGGAUCGUAGACAAUCCUAUGUAGCAGCAGGGGAGCCUUCCUGGCUUUGUAGGUUCUUCUCAAAUGAGGCUCAACCUGUUUAA